UCAUUAUAAUUUUAGUCUCUAUUCAACACUGUUUACAAUUAAUUCGAUUUUUUUAAUUAAUUAUUUUUGAAAUCUGAAUCGCCGAUCUGAGAUUUAAAGAUGGCCGGAAAAGGAGAGGGACCCGCAAUCGGAAUAGAUCUCGGCACGACGUACUCGUGCGUCGGAGUGUGGCAGCAUGAUAGAGUGGAGAUCAUUGCUAAUGAUCAGGGGAACAGAACGACGCCGUCUUACGUUGGGUUUACUGAUACCGAGCGUUUGAUUGGUGACGCUGCUAAGAAUCAGGUCGCCAUGAACCCCAUCAACACUGUUUUCGAUGCCAAGCGUUUGAUUGGUAGGAGAUUCAGUGAUGCAACUGUACAGAGUGAUGUCAAGCUAUGGCCUUUUAAGGUUAUUCCAGGAGCAGCUGACAAGCCCAUGAUUGUUGUCAACUACAAGGGUGAGGAGAAGCAGUUUGCUGCUGAGGAGAUUUCUUCUAUGGUCCUCAUUAAGAUGCGCGAGAUCGCUGAGGCGUAUCUCGGAUCAACAGUGAAGAAUGCAGUGGUUACGGUCCCUGCUUACUUCAACGACUCGCAGAGGCAGGCUACUAAGGAUGCCGGUGUUAUUGCGGGUUUGAAUGUGAUGCGUAUUAUUAAUGAGCCGACUGCUGCGGCUAUUGCGUACGGUCUUGAUAAGAAGGCCACCAGUGUUGGGGAAAAGAACGUCUUGAUCUUCGACUUGGGUGGUGGGACUUUUGAUGUUUCGUUGUUGACUAUUGAAGAGGGUAUUUUUGAGGUGAAAGCGACUGCUGGUGAUACCCAUCUUGGUGGUGAGGAUUUCGAUAACAGAAUGGUGAAUCAUUUUGUUCAGGAGUUUAAGAGGAAGAACAAGAAGGAUAUCAGUGGAAACCCUAGGGCUUUGAGGAGGUUGAGAACCUCUUGUGAGAGAGCGAAGAGGACUCUUUCGUCGACUGCUCAAACUACUAUUGAGAUUGAUUCUUUGUACGAGGGUGUUGAUUUUUACACCACCAUUACCCGUGCUAGAUUCGAGGAGUUGAACAUGGACUUGUUCAGGAAGUGUAUGGAGCCGGUUGAGAAGUGUUUGAGGGAUGCUAAGAUGGACAAGAGUACCAUUCAUGAUGUUGUUCUUGUUGGUGGAUCUACUAGAAUUCCCAAGGUGCAGCAGUUGUUGCAGGAUUUCUUUAACGGGAAGGAGCUUUGCAAGAGCAUCAACCCCGAUGAGGCUGUUGCCUAUGGUGCUGCUGUCCAGGCUGCCAUCUUGAGUGGUGAGGGUAAUGAGAAGGUGCAGGAUCUCUUGCUUUUGGAUGUGACUCCUCUGUCUCAGGGUCUUGAAACAGCCGGAGGUGUUAUGACUGUUUUGAUUCCUAGAAACACAACAAUUCCCACCAAGAAGGAGCAGGUGUUCUCGACCUACUCCGAUAACCAACCGGGUGUGCUCAUCCAGGUUUACGAGGGUGAGAGAGCGAGAACCAGGGACAACAACUUACUUGGAAAGUUUGAGUUAUCUGGCAUUCCUCCAGCACCCAGGGGUGUUCCUCAAAUCACAGUCUGCUUUGAUAUUGAUGCUAACGGUAUCUUAAAUGUCUCUGCUGAGGACAAGACUACCGGCCAGAAGAACAAGAUUACCAUCACCAACGACAAAGGAAGGCUGUCGAAGGAAGAUAUUGAGAAGAUGGUCCAGGAGGCAGAGAAGUACAAAUCCGAGGACGAGGAGCACAAGAAGAAGGUUGAAGCAAAGAAUGCCCUUGAGAACUACUCAUACAACAUGAGGAACACCGUGAAAGACGAGAAGAUCAGCUCCAAGCUUUCUGCAGAUGACAAGAAGAAGAUCGAGGAUGCCAUUGACGGAGCCAUCCAGUGGUUGGAUGCUAAUCAGCUCGCUGAGGCUGAUGAGUUCGAGGACAAGAUGAAGGAACUCGAGAGCAUUUGCAACCCCAUCAUCGCCAAGAUGUACCAAGGCGCUGGUGGCCCUGACAUGGCUGGAGGCAUGGAUGAAGAUGCUCCUCCGUCUAGUGGCGGCGCUGGUCCUAAGAUUGAAGAGGUGGACUAAGCUGCUUAUUGGAACCAUGAUCAAUGAUCACAAUAUUUAUUUAAAUUUUGAUGCCCUAUUUUGAUGGGGUAUAAUACUUUUGAUAGCUUUCCCGUGUGGAAGGCGUACACUAUUUGGUUAUUUGCUAUUUUGAUUAUCUGUUUUUUAUAUUUCUUUGUUUAGUGGAAACUUUUUGGACAUCGCA